GUGAAGGGUGGGCCACAGUGCUGUGGUAACUAUUUGCAGAGUGACAGUUUCUCCAGGGAAACUUAAAGCUCAGGCCGGGCUGGCCGACGUGGCGGAGGGAGAGCGCAGGCCCUAGCUCUGGGGAAAGUUUAUCCGCCACGGCUACAGCGGGGAUUUGACCAGGACGUGCAGGGCCCAGAGCCCAGCCCGCCUGCCCAGCGCUACUCGCUAGCUAUGGGCCUUGGCCCGACUGUCCUCCCGCUCUGUGCCUCCGUGUCUCUGCUGGGGGGCCUGACCUUUGGCUAUGAGCUGGCUGUCAUAUCCGGUGCCCUCCUACCACUGCAGCUGGACUUCGGGCUGAGCUGCCUGGAACAGGAGCUCCUGGUGGGCAGUCUGCUCUUGGGUGCUUUCCUCGCCUCCCUUGUCGGGGGCUUCCUCAUUGACUGCUAUGGCAGGAGACGAGCCAUCUUGGGGAGCAAUGUGGUGCUGCUGGCUGGCAGCCUGAUUCUGGGUCUGGCCGGCUCCCUUCCCUGGCUGCUCCUGGGCCGCUCAUCCGUGGGCUUCGCCAUCUCUCUGUCUUCCAUGGCUUGCUGUAUCUACGUGUCAGAGUUGGUGGGGCCGAGGCAGCGGGGCGUGCUGGUAUCCCUCUACGAGGUGGGCAUCACUGUGGGCAUCCUGUUCUCCUACGGCCUCAACUACGUCCUGGCUGGCAGCCCUUGGGGCUGGAGGCACAUGUUCGGCUGGGCGGCUGCACCCGCUCUCCUACAGUCACUCAGCCUUUUCUUUCUCCCUGCUGGUACAGAAGGCACAGCAGCCCGCCAAGACCUCAUCCCACUCCAGGGAGGGGAGACCAGCAAACUGGGCCUGGUGAAGGCACAGUACACCUUUCUGGACCUCUUCAGGGCCCAGGACAGCAUGUGGAGCCGCACAGUAGUGGGGCUGGGGCUGGUGAUGUUCCAGCAGCUAACGGGACAGCCCAACGUGCUAUAUUAUGCCUCCACCAUAUUUCGCUCUGUUGGCUUCCAUGGGGGCUCCUCAGCUGUGCUGGCUUCUGUGGGGCUUGGUACUGUGAAGGUGGUUGCCACCCUGAUCGCCACGGGGCUGGUGGACCGUGUAGGCCGUAGAGCCCUUCUACUCUCUGGUUGUGCUCUCAUGGCCUUGUCUGUCAGUGGCAUAGGCCUAGUCAGCUUUGCUGUGUCCCUGGACUCUGGCCCCAGCUGCCUGGCCACAUCCAACGCCAGCCAGCAGGUGGACCUGCCUCAAACCCCGGGUCUGCUUGUGCGAACAUCUCUACCACCAGUGCUACACACCAGUGGAGACCAAGGACAACCAGUCCGGUCAGUCACUGAGAGACCCAUCCAUCCAGUCAUCACAGCGUCCCUGGGACCAGCUCUGAAUAUUGACUCCUCAGUGCCCACUAGUCCCAUCCCGGAGCAUACCCUCCUCUGCUGGUCUGCACUGGUUUGCAUGAUGGUCUACGUGAGCGCCUUCUCCUUUGGAUUUGGACCAGUAACCUGGCUGGUCCUCAGUGAGAUCUAUCCGGUGGAGAUCCGAGGGCGAGCCUUCGCCUUCUGCAGCAGCUUCAACUGGGCAGCUAACCUCUUCAUCAGCCUGUCCUUCCUCGACCUCAUCGGUGCCAUCGGCUUGGCCUGGACCUUCCUGCUGUAUGGGCUGACCGCUGUCCUUGGCCUAGCUUUCAUCUACUUACUCGUUCCUGAAACAAAAGGACAGUCACUAGCUGAAAUAGAGCAGCAGUUUCAGAUGAGGAGGUUCCCUCUGAGCUUUGGCCACAGGCAGCACAGCGGUAUUCAGUACCGCCGCCUGGAGGUCUCCUCAGCCUCCUGAGGGGUCCGUCUGCUUGGAAGAUGCUGGGACAUUGGUUUCUGCAGCCCAGCUCCAGAUCCCUGCCUGCUGGGGCCUGGAACUCGUGAUCUAGAAUUCCUUCUGUAGAGAGCCCUGCUCCAGAGGCUGCCUCUGACCAGGGAGAGAGAUGAGCACCAAACUCUCCCUUUUGAGUGUGAGACUCCAAGGGCUCUGGAAGCUCUAGUUUCGUGCCUCAGUUUCCCUGUGGAGUUUGCUUGUCUACCAUAUUUAUA